AUGAGGCCCGAAAGACAACUAAGCGUUGUCCUCGGACUGCUACUCUCAGCGGCGGUCCAAGUGGGAGCUCUUACGUCUUCAGAAUGGCGCAAGCAGUCCAUAUAUCAGGUCGUGACGGAUCGUUUUGCUCGAAGCGAUCUGUCAACCAGUGCGCCAUGUGACACAUCCCAGCAGGUAUACUGCGGCGGGUCAUGGCAGGGACUGAUCUCGAAGCUGGACUAUAUUCAGGGAAUGGGAUUUACUGCUGUCUGGAUAUCCCCAAUCGUGAAGCAGAUUGACGGAGUCACCAAAGACGGGUCUUCUUAUCAUGGGUACUGGGCGUCAGAUAUUUGGUCCUUGAAUCCUUCGUUUGGCACCGCAGACAACCUCAAGGGGCUUUCCAAAGCGCUUCAUGACCGCGGCAUGUACCUCAUGGUGGAUGUUGUCACCAACCACAUGGCGUAUUUGGGCUGCCGUUCGUGCAUCAACUACCAAGGUCUCAAUCCUUUCUCUUCCCAAUCUUACUAUCACUCUCCGUGCACCAUCAACUACGAUAACCAAACCUCCAUCGAAACAUGCUGGCAAGGAAGUGAUGUCGUCAGAACUAACCUAAACUGUUACAGCGAUGGCCUUCGUAUCGAUAGUGUCAAGCACGUUGAGAAGUCCUUUUGGCCGGGAUUCGAGUCCGCUGCCGGCGUGUUCGCCAUUGGAGAGGUGUUCCAAGGAGACCCGGCGUAUCUGGCACCGUACCAGAGCUACAUCAGCGGCGUCUUGGAUUAUGCAAGCUAUUAUUGGACAGUAAAUGCGUUCCAGUCAACAAGCGGCAACAUCACUGCGCUGGCUAGCGGUAUCAACAUACUUAAAGCUGCUGCGAUUGACCUCAGUCUCUACGGGUCGUUCCUCGAAAACCAUGACCAGGCUCGCUUUGCGCACAAAACUAGUGAUAUGGCAAUUGCCUUUACGAUGCUCAAAGACGGCAUCCCGAUCAUUUAUCAGGGACAGGAACAACAUUAUGCGGGCAGUGAUACUCCCUACAACCGAGAGGCCCUCUGGCUUUCCGGCUUUUCAACUAACUCAGAGUUGUACACGUGGAUUAAACGGCUGAAUCAGCUUCGUACCCACGCUAUCAAAAAAGACGACGGCUACCUGACAUACCGUGCAUGGCCCAUCUACUCCGAUAGCCACACUAUUGCCAUGCGCAAAGGUUCAUCCAACAAACAAGUUGUGGGCGUCUUCACCAAUGUCGGAGCGUCGUCCUCCACCGCCGUCACUCUGUCUUCGUUGGCGUCAGGAUUUAGUGCAGAUGAACCGGUCACCGACGUCCGAUAUUUGUUCCUCACGGUCAGCUCCCACUUCGACCACCAGCACAAACUCCGGAGUUCCUACAUCAAUUUCGUCGGCGGAUUGGGCAACACGACUGCCCUCGGUAGCUGGAACACCGCCAACGCUGUGACGCUAAGCGCGUCAAAGUACACCAGCAGCAACCCGCUGUGGUACGUAUCCUUCGAUCUUGCGCCGAGAAAUGUCAUACUAUACAAAUUUAUCAAGGUAAACAGUUCAGGGACUGUUUCUUGGGAGAGUGAUCCCAAUCACAAAUAUACGGUGCCUUGCGCAGCCGCCACGGUAUCUUCAACUUGGAGGAAAUGA